GCCGCCGAACUGAAACAACUUCGUUGGAGAAACAAAUCAGGAAGAACAGCCAAGGGCAGCGAGGCUGUGGUCACGCGGAGUGGCUGGGUGUGGGACGCCCUGUAUCCGUCGCUGGCCUGCGCGUGGAUGGGCGAGGAGGGCAUGGAGUUUCUGCUUGAUGCGGUGGACAGGUUUCCCGUGCGGGAGGAGUUUGCUGAUAACAUUGAACAGCCAGAUCUGGUUCCUCUUCUGUAUUUGCUACAGAACGGGGGCGGCGGAGAGCAAGGUGCUAUUGCGGCGAACCGUGGUUCUGGGGUGGCUCAGUUGGCCGGUGGAGAUGUCUCGCCCGACGAGCAGGGCGAUGCCAGGAGACGGCGAGUUGCGUCUCCGACGAGGUCUACUCAGUCAACCGACCGAGUUAAUCUAGAGGCCCCUAGCUGGACUAAACGGUUGCGUCUUGGGAGUGCGCCACCAGACCGUUUGCCAUGCCCAUCCAGGAUGACUGCUCUGGAGUUAACAAUCCGCAAAUAUGCGGAGCAACCGGACAAGAGCGUGAUGCGGCCUGAACUAGGCCUCAGCUUCGACUCGUUGGGUGAGGCAUACGAAUUCUACAAUCUUUAUUCCUGGGAGAUCGGCUUCGGAAUAAGAUAUGGGAAAAGCAGACUAAAUGCUCAGAGGACAAAGACGAUGCAGGAAAUUGUUUGUGGAUGCUCGGGAAAACCGGAAGCAGAGAACAGCAGAUCAUGCUGAUGUGAGUGUCCAGCACUGAUUAGGUUGUUGUGAGUAUCGGACAACAGUUGCUACAUCACUGAACACCGAGAAAAUCACAACCAUUCUCUGUCGCUGACUAUGGGUGAGAAGGUGCACUGGCCGUCACAUAAACACAUAGAUGUUUACACCAAGGAUCUGAUUAGGCAACUAAGGGAAAACAAUGUCAAUUUGGGAAAGGUGUACAACAUAAUUGGGAGUUUCUUCGGGUCUGUUGAGAAGGUGCCAUUCACAAAGAGGACACUCGGGAAUAUAUGUGGAAAGAUUAGCCGUGAACAAGCUGACAAUGAUGUCUGGAAAACGCUUGAAGUGUUUGCUGACAUACGUUCAAGAGAUUCAGGGUUCACCUAUGUGGUGCUGGCUGACAAGACAAGUAAGGUCAAAAAUCUAAUGUGGGCGAAUGGCAGCAGCCGUAUGCAAUACAAAUUCUUUGGGGAUGUGGUAACGUUUGACACGACGUACAGAACAAACCUGUAUGAUAUGUCGUUCGGGUUAUUUGUCGGAGUUAACAAUCAUUACCAGAGCAUCAUCCUGGCGGGGGUGUUAAUGCGCGAUGAUCAAGAAGAGAGCUUCGAGUGGGUUUUCGCGGAAUUUCUUCGUAUGAUGGGCGGGCCUGCCCCCAGAACUAUACUCACAGACCAGUGUAGGGCGAUGGAGGUCACGAUCAGGAGAACUUAUCGUGACACUGUCCACCGUUGGUGCAAGUGGCAUGUCCUCAAGAAGGCGAAGGAAACAUUGGGCCCACUAUACACGAAGAAGAGCGAUUUUCAGGCUGAAUUUCACAAGGUAGUGAACCACAUGUUAACGGAAGAAGAGUUCGAAUCAGCUUGGGCAGCGCUGCUGGAUAAGUACAACUUGAGGAGUCACGCCUACAUGACACAAAUAUAUGAAACCCGGAGGAAAUGGGCCAAGCCAUAUUUCAGGCGUGUGUUUUGCGCAAAGAUGGCAAGCACCCAGCGCAGUGAGAGCGCAAACCACAUGCUGAAGUCAUACAUGCCCCCUGCAAGCCCAAUGCAUGUCUUUGUCAGGCAGUAUAUGAGGCUGCAAUUUGACAGAGAGCGCGAUGAAAGCUACAAGGAGAAGAGGACCAUGAUAGGGGCCCGGUAAGAUGAACUAACCUCGCGAUAGAGCGCCAUGCCAGCAAAAUAUACACUAGGAACAUGUUCGAGCGGUUUGGCGAGCUCCUGGUUGAAGGAACCGCGUACAAUGUCACUGAUGUCGAUAGGAUGAGGAGAUACAUCACCACUCACAAUAACGCAGCGAAAAGGGAGAAGUGGAGCAGGGUUGAGUAUGAGGUAACAAUAAACGAAGACAUGUCGAUCUUCAGUUGCGAGUGCGGCAAGUUCGAGCAUACUGGCAUGCUUUGCAGCCAUUCGUUGAGGGUGAUGGAAAUUCUUCACAUGGAGGAGAUACCAAAGCAUCACAUCAUGAAGCGGUGGACGAGGGACGCGAGAGAUGUACUGCCUGGGCACCUGGUUCAGUACCAGAAAGACAGUUCACAAAACCUGUCAUUCACAUACAGGCAUGCAACUCUAUAUGUGAAAGCUAUGGAAGUCGUGAGGAUGGGAGACGCAAGUGCUGCAUCAUAUGAUCAUGUGAACGCGGCUCUCGACGCUGUGCUACAGAGUGGGGCAGCAAUUGCGGAGAAGAGAGAUGGGCUGGCUUUCGAGGAUCGGCUCGUUGAACAUACACCUGCAAUACCAGGCCCAAAUGGGGAACUAGCGUUUGUCCCGCUGGGCACUGAACAAUGCCGGAGCCCCGGUCAUUCUGUCAGUGUGAAUGCAAUGCAAAAUCUAGCAGCUCCAGACAAGCAUAGAGGUGCUGGGAGACCGACAAGCAGCUGAGAGAAGGCUCCGUACGAGGGGUUAAGCAAGAGGACAAGAUUCUGCAGCAUAUGCCGCCGCGAAGGUCAUAAGAAGACGAUGUGCCCAGAAAGGGGGGAUGCGCCAAAGAAGCCACGAAAACCUGGCAAAUGCAAGAACUGUGGAAUAGAAGGGCAUCGACGGAAUACAUGCAAGAGGCCGCUUGGGGUUGCCGAGCACUGAGUUGUAUGGAAUCGGAAUGGCUCAUGUUUCAGUGAUUUGGUUGAGCGAUUUUCCUUGAGUGUUUACGGUGGGUGAGCAAUGCAUCUGUAUUUUUAUCAGUGUAGACAGCCUGUGUACGACGAUGUAUCUGAGAGCACAAUCUUUCUUUCUGUAGCGCUAAAACUGAUAACUGAAUUUUCUAGCAGCAGCCGUGGUUCAUGCUGUUCUGUUGCUUCAAUUUGAAAAACGUGGAUACCGUGACUGCUGGCAGAAGAGCCAUUCCAGAUAAAUCAAGCAAUCAGGCUGCUGGCAUUUUCCCCCCCGGAAACGACGUCAUUUUCAUGUUACAUUUUUGACACCUGGACGACAUGCACACAGACAGGGUGCGCGCGGUGACAAUGUGUGUCCUGUCCUCAUUCAAAAUUCAAAAAAUGAAAUUAAUGCAUGACGAAACUGCGUCCUAACUCAAGUGCUGAAUAAAUAGGAGGUGCAAGGGUCGGCUGCUACACAGUUGAUCCCACAGCGCCAUUCCCAUCCCGACUUUGAUUUUUUUUGAAACCGCCCGCUGCAUACGACGGGUCUCUCCUCUGCUGAACCAGCAUGGAGCGGCACAACCAUGGGCAGUGAAGAGCUCGUGCCGUUCAUCGUCUCCGAUCUGCAGUCGUCGUCGCCAAAACGCGUCGAAUCCACAGGGAGCGCUUGGAGUACAACUGACGACCCACUGUUCGUCUUCUACGGCGACGGAGAGGGCGAUGCGAUCCAGCAGGAAGAGCCUCGGGCGGUUCCUCAUAACCAAGAGCUGGAUCAGAAAGCUGACCGAGUUCCAGCAGAAGAAGGAUUCAGUGAUUACGAUCCAGCAAUCCCUGACCAGUCCACACACAGCAAUGGUGACUCCGCCGUGGUGUCUGCGUCCGGAGUAGUUGACACCAGCGGAGAGGAUGGUCCUGACGAUGAGAAGGAGGUUAGCAGCCAGCCCACUAAACGGCGGCGUACAGUCGAAUAAAACGUCAUGGCGUGUCCGCGUCUAGUAUACUAGGGAUGUUUAAGUGCGAGCUUAGACUUUUCUGCUUUCGCAUGCAUCGCCGUCGCAAGGCCAUGUGGCGCACUUGAUUGUCUGUGUGUGUGUUCUAUGCUUUCCUUGUGGAUUAUGAGUUGAUGUCCACGUCUAGUGUAUGCCGCUGUCACUUGAAUGUGAACGGGAUGGUAUAAUGAAAUUUUCUGCAUCCUAA